AUGGAGAACACCGUCUCGGUCAAUGGCACUUCUCAUCAAGUCAAACCUGAAUACGAUGCACUGAUCAUAGGAGCUGGCUUCUCGGGCCUUCGGAUGAUCCAUGAAUGCCGUCAGCUUGGACUUUCGCUGAAAGCGUUCGAGGCUGGGCCUGCUGUUGGAGGCACAUGUGAAAGCUGGGUAUACAUCAUGAACUUUUCGAAGCAGCUCAAUGAUGAGUGGACCUGGAAAGAACGCUUUCCCUGUCAACCGGAGUUCCAUACGCGCAUCCAAUCUGCUCGGUGGAACGAUGACACACACUUUUGGACGUUGGAGACGGAGUUUGGAAAAAAGCAUACGUGCAAGUAUUUCAUCCCUGCUGGCGGCGUCCUGUCCGCGUCGAGGAGGCUUCCGUUUCUGGGAGUUGAGCGAUUCAAGGGCGAGUGGUACCAAUCAAGCUACUGGCCUCGGCAUAGCGUCAGUCUUAAAGGCAAGCGUGUUGCCGUUGUUGGCAACUAUGUCAUACCCGCUCGGAAUCAUCUCCUGAGCGCAGAUCAGCAAGAAUCGAUCAAGGAAAAUUAUGCUGAGAUAUGGGCGGAGGCCAAGAAUCAGUCUUUCGGAAUGUCCAUGACUGAUUCUCAUACGCCCAUGUCCGGCCUUAGCGAGGCCAAGAUCCAGCGUGUUCUUGAAGGAGGCUGGGAAGCUGGGGGAUUCAGAUUUGUGUUCGAGACGUUUGGCGAUCUGAUUUCCGACCGACAGUCCAACGAUAUAGCGUCCGAGUUCGUCCGCAACAAGAUUCGAAGUGUGGUGAAAGAUGAGAAGACGGCAGAGAAGCUAUGUCCAAAGUACGGCCUCUUUGCGAAGCGACCUCCACUUGGUCACUACUACUUCGAAACAUUCAAUAGAGCAAAUGUCUCGCUGGUUGACGCAAGGACUGAUCCGAUCAAGGAGGUGACCGAGCAUGGCCUUUGCACGGAAAGCGGAGAGCAGUACGAGUUUGAUACAAUCAUCUACGCCAUCGGUUUUGACGCCGGUACAGGCUCGUUGACUAGCUUCGAUAUCAAUGGUCGCAAUGGAGAGAAUUUGGGACAAAAGUGGGCUUCGCAUGUUGAGACUUAUCUCGGAAUGGCCAUGACGAACUUUCCCAAUAUGUUUGCAAUCGCAGCACCUCAGGGUCCGUUUGCCAACUUUCCCGUCGUUCUGGACAGUCAAGCACCCUGGGUUGGUAAGACAAUCUCCUACAUGGAAAAGAACAACUACAAGCAGGUGGAGCCCACACAGGAAGCCAUGGCAGGCUGGACCAAGACGGUCAACGACAUCUACGCAAUGACAAUCCUUCCUGAAGCCACGAAAGAUUCCAACUCCUACUUCAUUGGAGCCAACGUACCCGGCAAGAAGAUCGAACCGCUGUUUUGGUUUGGCGGGAUUGUUCCCUACUUCCAGGCUUGCGAGGAGGAGGUUCACACUGGCUUUCCUAACUUUGUAAAGUCUUGA